AUGAGAGGGAUUUGUGCCGUCCUAUUCUGUAUUUUUCUAUAUGGAUCACUGUUGUUCUGUCAUGCACAACAGCAACAAGGUUAUCAACUGGAGCCCCUAACAUCUUAUAUGAUACUGGCACCGAAUCGAAUCAGAGCAAAUGAACUGGUUCAGGUGACCGUGUCCAUAUUUCAACUCCUCUACGAGCAACUGACAAUUCGUCUGUCCAUCAAAAUUGACAAUGAGGAAAUUAUUUCCGCACUGGAAGUUUUCAAAUCUCCUGGAACUAGAAUAAUGCAGCUCAAGAGUCAGGUGGUGCGAUUUCGUGUGAUCCCGGUCACUCCCGAUCUGCUUCCAUCUUAUCCAUCUCUGGUGAGCAUUGAAGUGUUUGACGCAUCCGGGAAUCUUUUCAGACGUUGGUUGAACCCCAUGACUAACACAGGCGGAAUUAUUGAGCUAGAUUUUCCAUUGUCUGACAUUGUUCAAGAAGGAGAUUGGACUAUUCGAGCACAACACGAACGCUUUGCCGCGGAACGAAAGUUCAAAGUGGUGGAAUACUGGCGACCGCUUUGGGAUGUGAACGUUACCCUGCCAUUACGAAUCACGGACAAUGAACUGGCUCUGUACGGCCUGAUUAUGGCGAACUAUACCAGCGGCAAGGCAGUGAACGGUAAUGCAACCGCAUUGAUUCAGCUCCGGGAGGCCGGAGCCACACGAUGGACUUCGGCACCGAGGGCACAGCUGAAAAUACAGUUGUUGGCGUUAGAAGGAGUUGGUGACCUUCUGAUCACCUUGGACGAGUUGCGUCGUGCUGCCAGUGCUAACGGAGGAACUAACUCUUUAGCCAACACUGAAGUAUGGGUCAAUGUGACGUACUACAGUUGGUGGGAAAAAGGUACUCGACAAGGUUGGGCAUACACACAAAUUUUCUCCUCAAAUCCGUUGAUCAAAUUUCUGGGCGGUAGUGUCCGUCCGUUCAAGCCCAAUCUCUAUUUCACUGUCUAUUUGGUGGUCUACAUGCCCGAUGGAAGUAUGGUACGAUUUACCGGAAACAGACGCGUCACCCUAUCGUUCUUUUGCAAUGAGAACACGUACACCAAUGAGGUUUCAUUGAUGGUUCCGGAUGAUGGUGUGAUUUCCUACACCUAUCGACCGUCUGGUGAUAAUUGUCUCGUAUAUCGUUUACAGGCAUAUUACUUGGACGAAACGGAUCGUGUGCUGUCCAGUGCUGAACAACGAAUCUUCCGCUACCACUCCUAUUCCAACACGUAUCUGCAAUUGUCCACGUCCACACUUCAAGCUCGGGUCAAUGAAUUCCUCGUGGUUACUGUUCAAACAAAUUAUCCCACAGAUAGAAUCCAUUAUGUGAUUGUCUCAAACGGGAAUAUUCUAACUGCCGAUCAACUCACUAUGCCGAAUGCCGUCACUUCACGCACAUUCUCCAUUGCCGUAUCACGGGCAAUGUUUCCCGUGGCACACUUGGUGGCCUAUUUCAUCAAAGAUCGAAGUGAGAUAGUGUCAGAUGCAUUGACAUUUUAUACCAACUACACGAACCUGAACAAUGUGCACAUGAUCGUGAAUCGAGGCAAGGAUUUGAAUCAAGACACGGUCGAGAUCAAAGGUUUUACCACACCCGGUGCCUAUUUGGCUUUCAAUGUGAUACAUGCGGAUUUGUACAAGUUUGCUGACAAAUCGUUCUUGCGUGAGAUCGAUAUUGUGGAUGAAUUGGCCACUUACAGUGAACAAAGUCAAGCCCCGUUUAUGCACACAUGGUAUGAGAACAUGAUGGAUAUACAACGUGUCUAUGUGCCUGCACCCAGUUUUGGUGCGGACGCAAACACCACAAUGAACGUGUCCGGUCUGAUCCUGUUCACUGAUGCGAAUUUCACCAAGGCAAACUUCUAUCACACAUGCAACGAAACCCUGGAUCCAGCUAGAGCAUUACCUUGCUUUUCUCUGACCGGACGUGAUUGUUAUUCCCGCGCGGAACGUUGCAACGGGAUUGCGGAAUGUGUGACUUGGGUCGAUGAGAUGGGUUGUCCGGAGAACAAAAGCGAUUCAUCCAGCCCAUAUCGUUUGGUGGACUCUUAUCAACUUCUCUAUCGUUUGUGGAAUGACGGCGAGUGGCUGUGGCACAGCUCGUUUGUAAAACCGGAUGGACAAAUUCAAUUUCGUGUGAAUCUUCCCAAAUUGAAUGCCGAUUGGGUAGCCGGAGCGUUUUCGAUCGAUCGUAACCUGGGACUGUCUCUGAUGCAACGACCCCAUCUGUUCUCUGGCACAAGACGUUUUUAUAUGACCGUUGAGGUACCGGAAGAAGCAGUUUGGGGUGAACAGUUGGGUGUACGAGUCUGUCUAUUCAACAACUGGAACUAUUGGAUAGAAGCUCUGGUCGAGGUGAAACCAAGUCCGGAUGUGCGUGUGGUACACGUGGGUUAUGGCGGUCGUGUGUCUGCCUACAGUCCGGUUACCACAACCAAUAUGGCCGUGCAAUCUUUGGCUUUCCUGGAGGCGGGCACUUCACGCUACAUCUACAUGCCCCUGCUGCCAAAAGAUGUUGGAAACACGUCGUUCACCAUUUGUUCCUACAGUUUUAUCGGUUCGAACUGUGAGACACGAAGUAUUCAUGUGCGGGUAAGGGAAUCCGAUUUGGGAAUGAAUAUUGCGCACGUGUCUCUGUUGAAAUCAAAAUCGCUGUUGCGAUUAGAACGGUCCAUGAACGGGAUCACAAAUUACUAUCACACAGCAAAGUUUCUCGAUUUGACCAGCUCCAGUGCACUUUUUGUGAACAACUUCAAAAUAAUCGUACCCCAAAAGUAUACAGUUCCGGAACGUCGCUGGCAUCGUUUCGUACCCGGAUCCCAGUAUGCUGAUCUCAGUGUUGUGGUCGGUUACAUCUUCUUCCUGAUAUUUCUCAAAUCACGUCGUUAUAUUGGACAGUCAAGUGUGUCACCAUCAAAGGACCAGGCCAUUAUUAUUGUGUUUGAGGUGUCUGUCUGA